AAAUAAAAUUCGCAAAGUCCGAGGAAGGAUGUGAUAUAUACUGGUUGUGAAUAUGACAUUGUAUUGUGUCAAUUAACGUUAAAGAAUCGUUACAGGAUGGAUCAGAUUCCCCGUGUAUCAGAAGUCCUGUAUGUGGGUGUGUGUCGUAAGAUAGGGACACCGACAGAAGUGACCUUCAGAAGGGAUCUGUGGGACACGGGGGAGAUGAUACGGAAACCUUCACAGUUAUAUAAAGGAGAGAGAAAGAUGCUGAGUGGUAGUCGUAGGGAGGGAUUUAGGUUUAAAUCAUCUGACUUUGAUUUCAUGCAGUGGUACCCUGAUCAUAAGGUGAUAUGUGAGAUGUCUCAGUCAACGUUUUAUCAUCCACCCAGACAUACACUUAUCUAUAUGGAGACCUCUGAUACUCCCCCGGGAUUCGCCAGAUUACAACUACUCACACCGUCAAAUCAAGAAAUUGUCAUGUCAUCACUGUUGGAGAGAAAUAAUACUGAAUACAUUUCAUGUUCAUUACUCAGGAUGAGGUUACAUCAGGCAAUGAAAGGAUUUAAUCCAGCCAUUGAAGGUGAAAACCUGCACGGUCCAUGUCACAACUGCACUUAUCUAUCUAUAGAGGCUGAUUUCGCGCUGUGUUUCCAUUCCCAUCAUUGGCCAUUACCAGCCCUUCCCUGGGUUGAUAGAUGUUUGACUCGCGCAUGGCCAUCGCGUAGUGUACUGCAAUCAAUUAUUGAUGAAGGAUUUCAUCUUGUUCCUAUCGCAAACAGACAGACAGAUGACAAUUUAGACUUGGAAUGGAGAAUUUCUUUUUCACAAGCAGAGCAAAAGCUAGUGUACUCUAUGAACCAUUGCCAGUUUCUCUGUUACGGAAUUAUGAAAAUAAUUCUGAAAGAAGUGAUUUCUGACGAAUUACUGUGUUCGUAUUUUAUGAAAACAAUAUUAUUUUGGAGAAUUCAAGAGAGCUCUUCAACUCCAUGGUUACCAUCAACAUUACUUCAACAUGUGUGGUUUUGUUUCAAAUCAUUGAUGCAGUGUGUAUAUACCGGUUACCUUCCAAAUUUCUUUAUUCCGGAGAACAACAUGUUUGAAGGAAAAGUUGUCGGGGCACAACAAAUAUUCCUGUAUCAAAAGAUAGAAACAUUUUACGAAAUAGGCAUUGCCUUCCUGUUACAUAGUCCCACUCUCAGAGCGAUUCUGAUCCCGGCCGUCUCCGAUCCAUACUUUGUAAUGCCGACAGGGGAAAGUUACCUCAAGUCAGAAAUAUAUAUCGAUAUUGCUUUUGAUGAUGAAAGCGACCGUACUAAAAGUAUAGUUAUUGUAUCGGAUUUCCUUUCAAACAUGAUGCAUUUAAAUGUAAUAGAUCAGUUAUUCUCAACCUGUCAGAAUGCUGUAUACCAUGAUAUGUUGAUAUAUGUGCUUGUAUCAACUUCCAUGUCACUAAAAGCACAGUGUUUGUUUCCGUCAAAGAAGAAGAGAUACUCCACUGAUAGGUCAAUAAUUCACAUGUUAGGUCUAUUUUUAAAGUUAGGUUGUGUAUCUGAUGGUUUAUAUUUCGCGUUAUACUUGUACGACACCGGUAGAUAUCAAACAGCGCUAACUGUCACAGAUAGAGUGAACCAGAGACUCUCACAGUCCCAUGUCAUGUAUCACGAUACAGUAGACAGACAGAGAUACAGUGAAGUGGUAGGUGGUGAAUCAAUGCUAACUAAGUUUAGGAAGGCUUUGGCAAGAGAUAUUAUGUUCUUUCAAGGCUUUACCUAUAUUGAAGAAUUAAGGUUGGAACAAGAAGUCAGUAAAAUGAACGGAAUACCAGUUCCAUUGUUAUCUCCCUUUGUGACCGUGCACAUGUUAUCUGUCCUAUGUCACUACAGACUAGGUAACAGGUCACAAUAUAUACAGGCUCUGACAGACCUACACACCCUACUGCUCUAUGAUGAUGGGAGAUACGUAGAGUUAGACAAUAGAGACCUCCCCUGGCAGAUACUGGGGAUCUGUCAACAUGUUGUGGGGGACUUACACGGGGCAUUACAGUCUUAUCAAGAGUCACUUAGACAGAGACCAUAUCACAAAAUAGAGAUAGCUACGGAAACUAGACUUAAUUUUGUUCAAUCACAAUUAAGGUUGAACAGUACUCGGAUAGUGACGUAGAAGAAUUAUGUUACGUGUAAAAACAACCAGACACAGUUUAGUAACUAGCUAUUCAGAUUAAACGGGGACAAGAUAGCUUAUUGCAUGAAUAUGAAUAGAACGUUUUUUGAAUUUUCAGUACACAAUUUUGUUUAUAUUUCAUCGCAUAUAAUUAUAAUAACAGAGACGUCGGAUUCUGUUCCAGUAGAGAGAAUAGCGUGUGAUGCCGGACAAUGUCGUUUGUUAUGACUUACAAAACUCCCUGUCUUGUUGUAGUGAUAUCUUUAAAUGCCUUGCACAACUCUCUAUUUUGUAUUGCUUAUGGGAUUUAUGAGAUUGAUCACUGUUCGUUAUCUUCACCUUUCAUUUUAAGAAUUGACUCUGUAAAGGCCUUCACUAGGAUCGUGUUUUGAAAGGCCAUAAUUGUAUAACCAGAAUUUGUGCCGUUUUACGUGUGAUUCUGAACACCUUUAGGAUGUAAAACUUAUACGGUACCAAUUUGGAUGUAUAUAUACAUGUAUAUAAGUUUUUAUAAUAAAAGCCAUAAAAAGAAUUUUCAAAAAUGUGUAUUGAAAAAUUACUUUUCAAAUCAUUUUAGAUUUUCCUCUUUGCAAUAUAAUAUUUCAUUUUGUAUUACUAUGUUUAAAUGGAUACCUGUAAACUGCGAUAUGAAAUCGAAUUGAAAAAAACCAAACAAAUCGAACUGAUAUCCAAAUUUGAAUACAAAUUAGACAUAGGAAGUUUUAAGUUUUAGUUACAUUUUUAUUUGUUUGUUUUAUUUUGUUAUUAGUUUUUGUUGAUUAAGUAAUGCUCUGGAUAACAAAGGGAAGUGACUGUUGCAACUUCUAGUUUUUGCGGAACAUAUGUAUACUAUUUUGAAAUAGAAAUUAUAUACAGUGCGUGCUACACCUUCUAUACCAGCUCAGAUGUUAUCUAACAAAAUAAACUUUUUUCAUAU